AUGCAAUGGUCAUACAAGUUUUGGAAUGGACGAUGGGUGUGCACGGGGCUGCUGCUUUUACUAUGUGGUCUGGUAGCGGCACAAAACAUCGGUAAUCCUUACAAGAUACUUGGUGUUCAUCGUAGAGCAACACUUCCUGAAAUUCGUAAGGCGUACAGGCAGUUGGCUAAAGAAUGGCACCCAGACAAAAACGAAGAUCCAAAUGCUGAGUCCCGAUUUGUUGAGAUAAAGCAAGCAUACGAACUGCUCUCUGACACAGAGCGGCGACAGGCAUACGAUCUGUAUGGCAUCACCAAUGAAGAUGAACACAUGUACAAACCCAAACAUGACUACAGUCAAUAUGCAAGGUUUAGCAAUGACCCAUUCGAGGAAUUCUUUGGCGCGCACUUCAGAACACAGGAUCAAGAUAUUACAUUGUUCCACAAAUUGUCUGUCACUGCACGGCAUUUUGAAAACCACAUAAUGGAGAAGAGCGUACACACGCCAGCUUUAGUAUUAUUCUACACAGACUGGUGCUUCGACUGUGUGCGAUCCGCCGCUGCUUGGAGGCGACUGGUUGAGGCCCUACAGCCCUUAGGGAUAACUCUGGCUACAGUUCAUGCUGGACAUGAAGCCAGUUUGGCGAGACGUGUGGGUGUUCAUGGAGUACCAUGUCUCACUUUUGUUAUUGAUAAACAGAUUUAUAUUUAUAAAGAGGAGUUGGGAUCAAUGCCGAAGAUUUUAGAAUUUAUCCGCUGGAAGUUUCCAUACAAGUUGGUGGCAAAUCUAAAUGACAACAAUAUGGACUCCUUUAUAAGUGACUUUGAAGAUAACAAAGUGAAGGCGCUCAUCUUUGAGGAGAGACCCAGCAUACGGCUGAGAUAUCUCGUCACAGCAUUCCACUAUCGGGAGAGAGUUUCUUUCGCGUUUGUGGACAUGAGCGCACGCGAUUCUCAGAAGGUGACCGCUCGUUUCAAGGCACAACGGAACGCUGACAGUAUGGUGCUGCUGAAGGAGGACAGCGCUAAUCCGGUUGCGACCGUUAGCACAGCGGAGAUCCCAACCCACACACUGAGAGAACUCAUCGAUGCCAACCCGUUACUUACGUUGCCCAGGCUUUCCUCGCAGAGCGUGCUGGAGGCGGCGUGCCCGGUGGAGUGGCGCGCGGCGCGGCGGCGGCUGUGCUGCGUGGCGCUGGGCGCGCGCGGCGCCGCGCUGCGCGAGCUGCGCCGCCUGGCGCGCGCCGCGCCCGACCGCCUGCGCUACGCCUACGUGCGCGCGCACGCGCAGCCCGACUUCGUGCGCGCGCUGGCCGCGGGCUCGGGUACCGACAUUUCGAAGAUGGACCACCGUAUAGUUGUAAUUUGGCGGCGUGAGCCAACGCGUAUACAGUAUGAGUGGUUAAACGAGACAUGGCCGACCUGUGCGAAAUGUGACGAGGAGUUUACAGAGGAGACCAUCCAGUACCAGCAGCGGUUGAACGAAACCAAGAGAGCACUUGAACAGUUGAUAAAGCGGCUUCUGAAGCCAACCGAAAUGAUGGCAUAUGAAACUCAUGUACAGGAGCUGGCAGACGAGGCGGCGCGCGGCGCGGCGUGGCGCGCGCUGGCGCGGCUGUGCGAGUGGGCGGAGCGCGCCGCGCUCGCGCUGCGCACGCGCCACGCGCUCUCCGCGCUCUCCGUGCUCGCCACCGCCGCGCUCGUGCUCGCCGCCGGCUACCUCAUGGCGUACCUCGUACGCAUAGAAGAAGAAUCUGUACAGAGGCAGAAAGAAGAGCGGCGACGUCAGAACGGUGGUAACAAAAAGAACAAUAAUGAGCCACAACCGGAGUUGAGGUUGCACGAGCUACGUGCGGAGAAGUAUAACGGACUUGUGAGAUUAAUGAAGCCGGGCUGUCGAACCAUAGUAGUGCUAGUGGAUACGCAGAGCAAAGUUCAGCUCCUGUCGAAGUUUCACAAGAUUGUGUGGCCGUAUCGCAAGAACAAGACGCUGGUGUUCGCGUACCUGUGCGUGGAGCGCAACGUGGAGUGGUUCCGGCGCGUGCUGCAGCUGUCGCUGGGCGGCGGCGAGCUGCGCGUGAACGCGCGCAACUGCGUGGGCACGGUGCUGGCGCUCAACCCGCACCGCAAGUACUUCUGCAUCUACCACGCCAAGCACCCGGAGUGCGCCAAGCCGCACAAGCGCAUGAGCCGCAUGACGCGGUCUCUCGGCGGCUGGGCGGGCGACCCUGAGGCGGGCGCCUUCAUCGGCUUCCAAACUGAACCAGAUUCUUCUUCAGCAGAUGAAGCGCCCGAUCCGCCAGUACUGCUACAAGAAAAUCUCCUAGACGGGCUUCCAAACUGGCUGGACCGGCUGUUUGAAGGCAGCACUCAUCGUUACUACAUCAACUACUGGCCCGAUAUGACUUCAAAGUGA